AUGACUAUUGUCGAAGAUGAUGAUCAAUCUACAUCGACCAUGGCUGAACCGCCUAAUCAGUCAAGUGUUGAUAUCAUUAGUCCCUUGUAUAUGCAUCCAUAUGAUAAUCCCGGAGCAGCGUUGGUUCCUAUUCCAUUUGAUGAUUUUGGAUAUCGAUCAUGGAGAAGGGGUGUAAUAUGCGAUGACAUGGUCACCUCAUGGAUUCUAAACUCCUUAACUAAGGAGAUUGCAGAUAGUACUGAAUAUAUGACAGAUGCAUUUGAAAUGUGGAGAGAACUUGAAUAUCGAUAUGAUCAAACAAACGGAACAAAACUCUACCAGAUCCAAAAGAAAAUCAGUGAUCUAUCCCAAGGAGGCCUUGAUAUCACUGGUUACCAUACUAAAAUGAAGAAGUUAUGGGAGGAACUCAACACUUUGAUUGUCAAAUCUCAUUGCACUUGUAAUUGUACAUGUGGAGCUAAGGAAAGCAUGCACAAAGCCGAGCAGGAUAGGAGGUUGAUACAGUUUCUCAUGGGAUUGAAUGAGACAUACACUAUAGUUCGAGACAGUAUACUCAUGAUGAAUCCUCUUCCUUCAAUUGCCCGAGCCUUUUCAUUGCUAAUUCAAGAGGAAAGACAGAGAGAAAUCAAGCCAAAUAAUCAUUUGGCUCUAGAGUCAUCAGCUUUAAGUUCUAGCACAAAUAGACAUGGUUCAUUCAAGAAAAAUUAUUCUCCCAAUAACAAUCACAACAAUAGGAACAGACCUUUUUGUGAUUAUUGUAAGAGACCAUGGCACACCAAAGAGAAAUGUUAUAAGCUGCAUGGAUAUCCUCAAAGUUUCAGUCAGAAUCAUAAUCCAAAUAUAAAUCACAAUCAGACCUCCAACUUCAAUCAAAAUCCCAGACAAAGUUGCAACUACAAUCACAAUUCCAACAACAACUAG